CUCAUCCUGAAAGAGAAAACGCACGUUCAGAGCCCUGUCGGCGGGGGCGGGGCCGCAGGCGUGUCCGGGCCGGACGCUGACCACAGCACCUCCACGCUGGCUCGGGGCCCCCUGCCCACCGGCCCACGCGCCCAGCCUCCGCUGGCAAGACCCUGCUUUCUCCGGUUUGGCAGUUGCCAACAUUUUUCAAAAGUGUCAACUGACCUGGAGUCUUAAUGGGAGCACUUGAGGUGGGCAAACCCUUCGGAGUAAGCAGGGAGGAACGCAGCCAUGGACAACCUCACCUCCGCGGCUGGGAACGGCAGCCUGUGCGCCAGAGACUACAACAUCACCCAGGUCCUCUUCCCCCUCCUCUACACGCUCCUGUUUUUCACGGGACUCAUCGUCAACGGCCUGGCGAUGAGGAUUUUCUUCCAGAUCCGCAGUAAAUCCAACUUCAUCAUCUUCCUCAAGAACACGGUCAUUUCCGACCUUCUCAUGAUUCUGACUUUCCCGUUCAAGAUCCUCAGCGAUGCCAGACUGGGAACGGGACCCCUGAGGACUUUCGUGUGCCAGGUGACCUCUGUCGUGUUUUAUUUCACAAUGUACAUCAGCAUUUCCUUCCUGGGGCUGAUAACCAUCGACCGCUACCAGAAGACCACCAGGCCGUUUAAGACAUCCAGCCCCAACAAUCUCCUGGGGGCUAAGAUUCUCUCCAUCGCCAUCUGGGCCUUCAUGUUCUUCCUCUCCUUGCCGAACAUGAUUCUUACCAACAAGAGGCCCGCGGACAAGAACGUGAAGAAAUGCUCCUUCCUCAAGUCCGAGUUUGGCUUGGUCUGGCACGAGAUAGUCAAUUACAUCUGCCAAGUCAUUUUCUGGAUUAAUUUCUUAAUUGUCAUCGUAUGCUACACACUCAUCACGAAAGAACUAUACCGGUCGUACGUGAGGGCCAGGGGUGUGGGCAAAGUCCCCAAGAAAAAGGUGAACGUCAAGGUGUUCAUCAUCAUCGCUGUCUUCUUCAUCUGUUUCGUGCCCUUCCACUUCGCCCGCAUCCCCUACACCCUCAGCCAGACUCGGGACGUCUUCCACUGCUCUGCGGAGAACACGCUGUUCUACGUGAAGGAGGCCACGCUCUGGCUGACCUCCUUGAACGCCUGCUUGGACCCGUUUAUCUACUUCUUCCUUUGCAAGUCCUUCAGAAACUCCCUGCUGGGCAUGCUGAAGGGCCUCGGCGCAGCGACACCCGCGCCCCCAAACCGCAGGAGGCAAGGGCAGGGUGGUGAGGACCCAAGUGAAGAGACGCCCAUGUGAACUGACCCCGGGGAUGCUUCGACCUCCUGGUGAGGGGACUCCUCCCAGGAACACAGUAUGCAGACGUAUUCAUGCUAAGAAGCAGAUGAGUCCGCGGCAGGGACUCUGGAAACAACGGAAGACGACAAAAGUAACUUUCAUUUACUUUUCCAGUGUCAGAAGCUAUCUUAAAAUGUGGAAAAGUAAGUCCACUUGUCGCUGUGGAGCCAAACAGGCUGUAUCCAAGCCCCAUGCGACAUGCAUGAACGGUCCAGUUUGGGCAGAAUGGGUAACGAUAUAUUAAUACCUACUGUAAUUCUUUAAGUACAGUAUUGGUCACAAUGCUAUAAUCAACUUACUGUAUAAUCAACUGAAGAAUGAUAAAUGUGAUAAGAUUUUCUGACCCCAAAUUGUACUUACUAAGAUGUGUAUAUAAUCCUAGUCCCCUAAUCAAAUGCUGACCUAUUGUGAUAAUCAUUAUAAACAUUUAAGGAAGUGGGACAUGCAAAGAAUAGUAACUACUAACUUGUCAUUAUUAGCAAAGAGUUAAGGGAUUUAUACUAAUCAAAAUGGUAAGAGAUUGGACUGAAUUUUUUUAAAUGUUCAUUAAGUUAGAGGACUAAAAACUACCUUUCCAAUAAAAAGUAAAGAAAUAGCAAAUGAAGCUAUUAAAAUAAGGAGUUUUUAUGCACACACAAACAAAAACCAUAAUACUUAACACUAGAGAAACCAGUUUUACUAAUAUUUUGACAACUUUAGUAAAUACAAUGCCAUCAUUAACCUAUCUUUAUUAACCAGCUAUUAGCAACUGCAUGCAACUUGGGUUAAUAAACAUUUCUCACAGUGAGAAGAACAAAUUAAAUAUAAUCAGGCAUUUGCAGAGGAUAACCAUCAACAGGAAAGUGAUUAAAAUGUUUGCAUUUACCUGUUUGUUAUUGGUGUGUAUAACAAAAAUUUUACAUUAAACGCUCAAUCA